GAAUCUUGAAUAAAAGGACAUUUGCAGUGUCCUUCAACCCACUCUCCUUCUCUACUCUGCUCUAGAGUGUAAAACUCAGUCCAAGAGCCCCCACUCUCCCUACUGAAAUACUCACUAGAGAACACUGACAAAAUUAUACAGAGAGUAGUUUAGAAGAACUCCAUGAAAAUGGGUUGGAGCUCAACAAGAUGCAAAUGGGUUUCAGCAAUGGUGCUGCUCCUAGUUAGCUUAGCUGCUGGAGAGCUCCAGGAUGGACCACUACUGAAUGGUGAUUUCGAGACAGCUCCAUCAGGAGGCUUCAGUGCAGAUGACAGGUUCUCGGACGGGCCUGCUGAAAUCCCCAACUGGAAGACCAAUGGAACUGUGGAGCUCGUUGAGUCGGGGCAAAAACAAGGCGGGAUGAUCCUCAUCGUACCUCAAGGUCAACACGGUGCGAGACUGGGAAAUGACGCUGAAAUUAGUCAGGAAGUCCAAGUCGAGAAGGGUGCACUCUAUUCAAUCACGUUCAGCGCGGCUCGCACUUGUGCACAGCUAGAGUCACUCAAUGUGUCUGUUCCCCCCGCGUCACAGACGAUCGAUUUGCAGACCCUAUACAGUGUGCAAGGGUGGGAUACUUACUCGUGGGCCUUCCAGCCACAAGAAGAUAAUGUGAGGGUUGUUUUCAGAAACCCUGGCAUGGAGGACGAUCCGACGUGCGGGCCAAUCAUCGAUGAUAUUGCUAUGAAGAAGCUUUUCGUUCCAGAUAAGCCCAAAGAUAAUCCAGUACUCAAUGGUGAUUUUGAGUCGGGCCCUUGGAUGUUCAGAAACGAGUCUCUAGGUGUUCUGCUCUCGACCAACCUUGACGAAGAUACCUCACCAUUGCCCGGAUGGAUUGUGGAAUCAAACAGGGCUGUGAGAUACAUAGACUCCUACCAUUUCAAUGUCCCGGGAGGCAAACGGGCAAUUGAGCUACUCUCUGGAAAAGAAGGCAUUAUAUCCCAGAUGGUGGAAACCAAGCCCAAUAAGCCAUACAGGCUCACAUUCUCACUAGGCCAUGCCGGGGACAAAUGCAAGCAGCCUCUAGCAGUGAUGGCCUUUGCGGGCGACCAAGCCGAGAACAUCCAUUACACUCCCAAUUCCAACUCCACCUUCCAGACCGCGGAUGUCAACUUCACAGCCAAGGCAGAGCGCACGAGAAUUGCAUUCUAUAGCAUUUACUACAACACGAGGACCGACGAUAUGAGCUCGCUCUGUGGGCCCGUUGUGGAUGAUGUGAGGGUUGAACAAUCGAUGUCCAGCAGAGUGAAGGCUGGUGGAAUCUUGGGGCUGGCUUUUGGACUGCUUGUUUUGGCCUUGGCAUAGGGUUGAGAGGGUUGGUACUUUGUAGUAGCUAAACAUCAUAUGUAUUUGUAUUAUUGCUUAAUGAGUGUAUGGGUUUGGCAUGGAGGUGAUGGUAAAACCAUGAUCCAUGUCUAACGUUGUAUGUGCAUUAUGUGUUUAAAUCUUUUUGGCACACCAAAAGAAAAUCUAAGGGGUGUUUAAAUGUUCUUCUCUUA